ACACUGUCAGCGAGGAAUAAUGCAUAAAAGAAUAUUUGUACAUCGAUUACAAUAGAUGCCGCGUGCUGUCCAUUGAGUUGUCCGAAUUGGAUCAAGAGAUCGCUCGGUGUGGGAUUGCGGGUACAUACAUACAUACAUAACAUCCAUCAUCGCAACUUUUCGUUGCUAACGUCACGUGCGGUGAUACGCGUCACGGCCUUCAACGCGACCCCGUUUUUCGCCGCCGAUUCGUCGCGUGAAUUUGCCUUCGGUAACAUUCACGCCGUUCGAAACGCGGGAGACGGAUUCCCCGACUCGGAAGGAGCUGAAAGCCCACGUGGCCCGUCUAUAUCUGACAGUGGCUGUCCGUCCGACGGUGUACGAGGAUCGACGUUCGUCAGGCGUCAUUCAUUCGCCAGUCAUUCCGCUUCGCACAGUGGUGGACGAUACUGUCGGCGAACAAGUCGAGCAGCUUUUUGGGAUAUCAAGCUUUUGGACAAAUAAGCGAACAAUAGUGUGGUUCCUGCGAUACCGAUGUUUUUCAUCGAGGUGACAGUCGUCGUGUGAUGCGCUGGAGAUAAACUGAAUGAACAGAAUGGCUCGUUACGGCAGCGAGAGAUCCCUGCAUUUCCUGCAGCCGAUGCACCCAGGUCACUCAACUUACGUUGCGGGCUCGACGUCUCCCACGACGCCAACGACGACAACGUGCUCUAUCAACCUGACCAAGGUCGCCACUACUAUCAGCUCUAUCCAUGUGCCAAGUGUCGGGUCGCCUGAUAGUCCUACUGCCACCUCGCCGACGUCUUCGCUGGACUCCCGUAUACCGAGGCCAUCGCCGUCGGCUCUGCGUCGCGCCGCCAGUUUGCGCGUGCGCGGCGAACGGAUACUACCACCACAUCAUCCGCGAGCUACCACCGCCGCGGCCCUGAUCGGCCACCAACAGCAUCACCGUCGUCACAACCACCUCCUGCAAUCGUCGCAGCAGCAUCACCAUCCGGAUCAUCAUAUUUUUCCGGUCAUCACGGAGAAUGGAACCGACUCGCCGCGACAACGAUCCCUCAGUCUCUCACUGACACCGGUGAGGCCGCGGCCAAGUCACGCGGCCUCUGGAGGAACGACGGGAAUUGCCAACGAUGACAGCGAUGUCGAGAGCGUGAAGAGUUAUAGUAGCGCUUGCAGUACGGCAAGUGCCUGCGAGCACGCAUCCUUCGCGUUGAACGGCACCACUUGGUCUGGUCGAUCGCGAAAAUAUGUCGUGCAUUGUUCGAAUCACGUCGGCGACAACGAACAAUAUCUCACGCCUACUCAAAGAGCGGCCAGACAAGUCAGGAAGUUUCAGGCUCUGUUGAAAGAGGCGCGUAAAGAGAUCGAGGAGAAAGACCGGGAACUCUUACGUUUGACGAAGGAGGUUGUAGAAUUGAGAUUGUACAAGGCCUCUCUGAACAGUCCGGAUGAGCGAACGGAUAGCAGCGAUGCUCUCACCGUGCGCGAGAACAAUCCCUUCUCGCCAGAAUCGCCGAGCAAGGAUCUUCCGGAUGAGAACAUCGUGGAAAAAUCCGUCACCAGUCCGGAAACGCCGGAGAAGCGUUUACACACGGAUGUUCCCCCGUCGUUAGCUGAUUCCGGACACUUUGAAGAUGGUUCCGUCCAUUCGAAAGACUCUGUGUGCCUGCCUGAGCCGCAACCGGAGAUUGUUAUCACCACGGCUGUGGUACAAUCCAGCGAUAUUCCUGAUACGAUUUCUACAACACCGACGAGCGUUGAGCGAGAUGAGGAGAGACGUCAAUUGGUUAGUCAUUAUGAGAAUAGAAUCGAAGAUAUGCACAGACGGCACGUUGACGAGUUGCAGGAUCUCAAGCAGAAGCAUAAUGAUAAGGUGGAAAGUUUGCUCAAUCAACUGUCUGAGGUCAACACACGUUACUGCGAGGUACGGCCAACCGUAGAUAUCGCGGAGGCUCGUGUACGUGAAUUAGAAGCGGAAUUGGAGGCUGUGAAGACUGAGCUUAGUGAACAGAAAGCACUCUUAAGCGAGCAGGAGGAAAGAAAUAAGCAAAUGUACCUGAAAAUGUAUGCCAAAGGUCAAGAAGCCGCGCGCAUUGAACAAGCUGAUCAGAUUCUCGUGCAAGCGCAUCAAUCACCGCCUAAAGUUACCGUCGCGGAACUUCUUCAACAGCUAACCGUCACACAAGCUGAAUUAGAGAAUAUUAAGGACACAAGCUACUCGCCUGAACCUCACAUUUCAGCCGAACAUAGCCAAAGUUUAUUAAGCGCUCAGGAGGCUGUUUCUCUCUGGGUCCUUGGCACACGUAAGGCAAUGUAUCGGCGUAUUGUAGAGGCGAGAAGCAGUCAGGGUACUCUCGAUCCAGAAAUUACCUUGCAGUUCCUAAAGUCGGCAAUCUAUUAUUUUCUUACUGAUAAGGAGAAUCAUCACGGUCACUUAAAUGCUAUUGAAAGUAUCUUGGGCUUCACAGACGCGGAGAAGCAUAACAUCGAGAGGCUCUAUCGAUCGGCGAGGAAGUAACACUUUUUUAAAAUUCUUCAUUAUUAAGAAGUAAUAUUGCUGUUGAUGAGUGGUGUUACAUUAUCAGAUUUAACACCCAAAUGUUAACAUUUUCAUUCAGUUUGUUGGUAAAUCGAACUUUUUAAAAUAAACGUUUAAAGUUUGUGUAUCUGAUAGAUUUGUAUCAACUUCAUGGAUAUUUUUCAGUUAGCGAAGUAAAAAAUUUAUCGUGAAAAUUAAUUAGUAUAUUUUUUUAUAGCGAGAGAAAACAAAUUAUGUUUUUAUGAUAACAAUUUUUACUCUUCUCAAUUUUUCCAGAACUCAACCAUGAAGUUUAUACGGAUCUUUCAUAAUCAUAUCUUAUAUUUUCUCAUUAGUUGUUAUUUAUGUACAAUACAAAAUUAUAAAGAAAAACAGCACAUUUUGAUAGUAUGAAACAAAUAUAAACUAAACAUAUUCGGGAGAUCUAAAUAUGACAAUUUUGUUACAAUAUUUUACAACUCUUUCUCGCACACAUAUGUAUCAUAUUUUUAAUACGCGUUAUCUGACAAUUUCGGACAAAUUAAAUUGCUUUUAUUUUUUAAUAUAUAUCUAAAGUUUAAUAUAUAUAUAAAGUUCUGGGAUUUAAAAACGUAAAUUAUAUACAUACACGCGACUUGGAUAGACUGAAUUUAUUUACGGCUGUAUGUUGCAUUGACGCUCUGCAAAGGCCAUGUAUUACAAAUUUAAUAUUAUGCGUAUCAUUCGUGCAAUUUGCAUGCUCUAAACUAGUACAUAAGUAUAUUCUAGUUAUACUUGAAAGAAAAUAUAUUGUCUAGUUAUUGCAAAUCACGUUUUACUCUUUCAAUGAUAUAAUUAACGCAUGCAUUGUGUAUAUCAUAACAAGUAUUCCAAAAUUGAGCAAGAAAUAUGUGAUAUAAAUGAAAGAAGUGAUUAUGAAGGAGUUUGAAGUUGGAUUUCAAGGAUUUAUAUAAUUAUUUGAAAUGCAUGUGCCCAUGUACGAGUACGAAAGUUGAAUAUAUCUUUUCCGUUAUUACAUCGUGAUCCCCGAGAACAUAGAUAAAUAAAUUUAUUUAUAUAUUUACUUGUUAUAAAUAAAAUGAAUAUAUAUAUAUAUAUAUAUAUCUUAUACAAGUACACAUAUACAUAUAUUCAGGAUGAAUCGGAGUUUCUGCCCAUUUUACAAAUCUUCAAGUAUGUGGAAGAACUUGAUUUUAGAAUAACUAGAGAGACUAUUUAAUUGUGUAUGUAUGUCUUGUUGUGCGUAGUAACUUCGAAUCAUCCUGUAUAUACUUAUCUAUAUCAAAGUCUGGUGAUAUGACGUCCGGAUAAGGUAACACUAUAGAGACUGAAGGAUAUAUCUUGCCUUUUUAUCUGCUUGUAACUUCAAGUUAAAUAGUUCUCAUAAAAGGAUAUUCAAGUGCAACUAUUAGUAAGCGUCUCAAUCAACAUAAUUCCUAUCUUACUGUAAUUAUAAUUAUUUAUUUCUGAGAUACUUUCAUGUAUUUUAAUUAAAACCAAAGAGAGAGAUCUGGCAGUUGGUAAAUUAUUGUGCAUGAAUAUUUGAUUAUGAUUAUAAUUUAUACUUGUGGCACAAACUAUUGGUUUAAAGUUGAUAAAUGUUGACGAUUUAAAUUCUCUCUGGAUGUUUAGCAAUAAGAAUAUUGUCAAAUAAAAUAUAAAUAAUUUCCAUUUUAUAUUUUAAUUUUUUAAAUUUUUGAUAGUUGUAGAUAAAAAUAAAAAUUUCGUUAUAGUUAGAAUUUUUAUAAUUCGACAAAAUUAGUUUGAAAAAAACAUACAUCUGAGGUGCCAAUAAUAAAAGUGUGAAUAUUCAUACCACAUUUAAAUUGCUUCUUGAAGCUACAUUCUUCUAUACUAAAUAUUUUAUAAAUUAAAAAAUAGAAAUAUUGCCAAUAAUAAUAUAUCAAAUAAUAUUAUAUCAAAACGUCCAAGAUAAAAAAAAAAAAACAAAUUUCAUAUAAUGUAAGUAAUCAUUUCUAAUUCUGAAAAAUGUCUGUUAUAGAGAAUAUCCAUUUUAUAAUAAAGUUCCUUUGGCGAAUGUUAUAAUGUUAGGCCUAAGUAAGCUUGAUUAUAAUAAAAUUCCAAUAUGUCAUUCCAUCAAAAAUAUUACUGAUAAUGACAAUGCAAGAGAUGUUUUGAAAUGUUAGAAUAGACACUUCACAUUUUUUAAAUAAAAAUUUAAAAAAUGUGAUUUUACUCCGAUACAAUUUUUUCUGCGAAUUUAAUAAUUACGUACAAUUCAAUAAACUCCACCUAUAUUUUUACUCUCGUUCCUUAUUUUUAUACAUUGCAAUGAGGAACUAAAUAUCUCCUCAAUUUAGCCUCACGUUCAUCGGUGUUUUGAUUGUAUUGUAAGCAAAAUGUGAAAGUCCAAAUAAAAAUUUAAAUAUAUCAAUAUUUAAAAAAA